AAAUAUUAAAUAAACAUUAUUUAAAAUACAAACUUAUAUUUAAAUAAAAUACAAAAUAUGAAAUGAGUAGACACUCUCAUUUAUAUUUAUUAUUUGUGGACAUUAUUAUUAUACAUUCGAACAUCUUCAAUUAUUCCCAAACUACCCUUUGUCUUAAUCUUCGUUUUUAUACAACUCACUCUCUCACUCACUAACAGAAGAGAGAGAAAGAGAGUGUUUGAGAGAGAAACAACAAUGGCGAUGGAAGCAGACUUACCCAUUUCCCAUUUUACCCCUACACCAUCCAUACUCUUCCUCCUCUUUCUCCUCUCUUCCGCCAUAGCCACCACUCCCACCGCCGCUCUCAACAUCACCAACCUCCUCUCCUCCUUCCCAGACUUCUCCGACUUCGCUUCACUCCUCUCCUCCUCAUCAUCUUCCCUUGCCGCCGAUCUCUCCCGCCGAUCCUCCAUAACUCUCCUCGCCGUCCCAAACACAUACCUCUCCGCUUCAUCAGAUCUCACGCGCCGCUUAUCUUCAUCCUCACGCGCUGAUGUCGUCCGAUACCACAUACUCCUUGAAUACCUCUCCCCUUCCGAUCUCCGCCGGAUCUCUUCCUCAGGUAAGCUUGUCACCACGCUCCUUCAAACCACCGGACGCGCCACCAACAACUUCGGUUCCGUCAACAUCACUCGCGAUCCAAUCACCGGAAUUGUUUCAGUCCGAUCUCCGGCACCUUAUUCACCCUCGAAUGCUACCAUUCUUAACCCUAUCAAAACCCUACCGUACAAUGUGAGUGUCUUCGCUGUUAAUUCUCUUCUCGUUCCGUACGGAUUCGAUCUAAUGGCUUCCGAGACUCGACCGCCAUUAGGUUUGAAUAUCACUAAGGCUUUAAUCGACGGUCAUAACUUCAACGUUGCGGCUUCGAUGUUAGCAGCUUCCGGCGUAGUAGAGGAAUUUGAAGCCGACGAAGGUGGUGCCGGAAUAACCCUAUUUGUACCAGUGGAUACUGCUUUCGCUCAACUUCCGUCAAAUGUUGAGCUUCAAUCAUUACCGGCCGAUAAGAAAGCAGUGGUGUUGAAAUUCCAUGUUCUUCAUUCUUAUUAUCCUUUGGGUUCGCUUGAAUCAAUUGUGAACCCUGUUCAACCCACAUUAGCUACGGAAGACAUGGGCGCAGGAAGCUUCACUCUCAACAUUUCUAGGGUUAAUGGAUCGGUAGCAAUCAAUACAGGUAUCGUUCAAGUGUCGGUGACCCAAACAGUUUUUGAUCAAAACCCAGUCGCCAUUUUUGGGGUUUCUGGGGUUUUAUUACCCAAAGAGAUUUUUGGGAAGAAUCCAAUAACGACGACGACUCCCAAACCAGGAACACCCUUUGCUGCGGGUACGGCUCAGCCACCUGAUAUUGCUUUCUCGCCGGAGUUUACGCCUGGAUUAGAUGGCCCUCCUUCACACCUCUCAUCUCCGCCGGGUUUAGGUCAAGAUAUAAGAUCGAAAGCAGAAGCAGCAGCCGCCAUUAAUGGGUUCCAUUUCUAUACCUUGAUCCUUGCUCUGUUGUGUAUAGCCUUAUCUCUUUAAAUGGUAAAUGGUAUGAGAUAUAAUUUAUUAUUUUGGUUGGUAAUUAGAUUUUAUUUUUUUUAAUUUAUUUAUUUUUGUGUUUUUUAUUUUUUUUACACGGGUAAUUGAAUUUAUAAAUGUUAAUUGUGUUAAUGUUUUUUUUUAAUAAUUAUGUGUUUAGAGAGAUUGAUUCAUUUUUGUUGUCCUUGUUAUGUAUAGCAAUGUUAGAAAUUUUUUUUGUACCUAAGUGAUGAAGGAAAAAUAAAACACAUAAAUAUGGUGAAAAAAAUGUUCUAUUUA